GGUUGUUUAGUGUUGCGCUUAUGGCUGUACUCAGCGUUUUGUCGGGGGAAAUGGCAUUACAUUUCAUGUAUAAGUGUUUCUAUGAUAGUGCAGAUGCGUUUAUUGAAAUCUGCUGAAGUGACUUUUAUAUGUUUUAUACACUUGAAAUAGAGUAUCACGUAAAUUAAAGUGUUGAAAGUGGUGCCUGUUCCCUAAGGAUGAAAACCGAAGGCAGCUUUGGAUACAGGCUCUGAAGCGGAAAAACUUUAAGCCGUCUGCACAUACGCGCCUUUGCUCGAAACACUUAGAGGAGAAAUGUUUUGAUAGGUCUAAAACUGGAGGGAAUUGGCUAAGUAGUGAUGCUAUCCCGACACUUUUCGAUUUUCCCGAGCAUAUGAAAUCGAAGAAGCCUAAGCUCCGUAAAUCACACUCUAGAAGGCGUUCGUUAGAUGAUGCCUCGUCUUCUGAAAUCUGUGCUUCCAAUGCCUUGACAUGCGAUAUGGAAACGAACACCCCGAAAAACAAAAGUUUCAGGUAUAUUGGAGACUUUUCGAAUAGCGAUUUGUGUACUCCUGGCAUAGCAGAAAAAGUGAUAGAUGUGGCAAGACGGCAGAUUAGCAUCAAAGCCAGAAAGUUAAAGAAUUUACAGCGGUCAUCUCGUGGGAUGAAGAAGAAAGUCUUGUCUUUGAAAUCUUUGAUAAAUAAUCGUGUUAUAAAUGAAUCCCUGGCUAAUUUACUAAAGAUGCUGCCACCUGGUACUUUGGAGUUGCUCCAACGUGUCAGUAAAGGUAAAGAAGCAAAUAUGUAUCCAGCAGCUCUUCGGACCUUUGCUCUAACACUAAAUUUUUACAGUAGCAAGGCAUAUAGCUAUGUAAGGAAAAAUUUUAAAACAUCACUGCCACAUCCACAAACAUUAAGAAAAUGGUACAGUGUUGUUGAUGGGGAUCCUGGUUUCAGUAAAGAAGCAGCAAUAGCGCUUAGAAUAAAAAGUCAGGAACUCAUUAGCAAAGGUAAGAAAUUGCUUUGUGCCAUGUCAUUUGAUGAGAUUGCCAUAAGGAAGCAUGUUUAAUUUUGUGGAAAUAAGUUUAUUGGUUACAUAGAUUAUGGUACAGGUCUUGACAAUGACAAUCUGCCUGUUGCAAAUGAGGCAUUAACAUUCAUAUUGACUGCUGUUAAUGGUUCAUGGAAAAUUCCAAUUGGCUACUUUUUAGUCAAUGGCCUGGGCGCUGUUGAAAAAUCAAACCUACUUAAGGAGGCAUUGAAAUUUACAUAUGAUGCUGGAGUAGAAGUAAUUUCUGUUACUUUUGAUGGUGCUCACGUAAACACUGCAAUGGUAGACAAGCUAGGGGCCUGUCUUUCAACGUGCAGAAUGAAAUCUUUUUUUUAAACACCCUCUAUGUAAGGAUGAUGUUUGCGUAUUCCUUGAUCCAUGUCACAUGUUCAAGUUAAUACGCAAUACAUUACCUGGUAAAGGUGUCAUUUUUAAUGGAAACAGAAAUCCAAUAAAAUGGGAUUAUGUAUUAAAAUUACAUGAGCUGCAAAAAGUGGAGAAACUUCUGGCUGCUACAAAAGUAAGAACAAAACACAUUGAGUGGUAUCGUCAUAAAAUGAAUGUAAGGAUUGCUGUGCAAACAUUUAGUGGUAGUGUAGCUAAUGCUCUAGAAUUCCUUGACAAAGAUUUGCAACUAGCUGACUUUAAAGGAUGUGAACAUACAGUUAAAUUUAUAAGGACAAUGAACAACCUUUUUGAUUGUUUCAGUAGUAGGAAUCUCCUGUCCAAAGGGUAUAAAUCACCUCUGUCAAUGCAGACAGCUGGCCAUAUUUUACACAGAGCCUAAGAAAAUUAUAUGUUUCCCUCAUAGACAGCUCUCAACCAAAACUAAAUUUCUUGCUUACAUAUAAAUUGCUACAGGACCACAUAGAGACAUUUUUCAGCUCAAUCAGAAGAUAUGGUGGUGUUAACAACAAUCCCACAGCAGCUCAAUUCAAAGCAGCCUACUAACGAUUGCUUAUCCAUCAGCAGGUAAGAGGGUCAGAGUUUGGAUCUACUUUGGAUACUGCAGAUUGUUCAACUCUCAGUGUAUCUUCUGGACUGGAUGUGAUGCAAUCUAACCCAUUUACAUCAGUUAUCAAUUGUAAUUCAGAGAAGUUAGGCCUAGAUGUUGCAUCAGUCUCUCAUGAUCACUCAUACAGCACUCCUGCUGUCUCAUUUGAGCAGCUGUCAAAUUAUGUACGGAAUGUUGUUGCAUACAUAGCAGGAUUCAUUGUGUGUAAGUUGACUAAGUCAGUACAUUGUGUAGAAUGUGCAAAUUCCUUGUGUGGGGCAGUGGACAGUGACAUUGGACUAAUCAGAAGAAAGAAUGUGGGAGGUUUAGUUACACCUUCUGCUGACGUUAUUAAAAUUUGCAAAGCAGCAGAGCAAGCUUAUCGGUUGCAACAGGCGAAGGGAAUGUUGCAAAAGAAAAAUGUUAUGCUUGUUCUUGUUUCAUGUGCUAUGGCAGAUGUUGAUUGUAGUGUUUUUCAAUCUAUCAACAAACAUAUUAUGGACUUUGAGCCCACAGAAAUGCUCUAAUUAAAUCAAUUUUAUUUGAGUAUUUUAAAAUUAGAAAUAACCAUUUUGGCAAGUCUGUGACAGAAACAUUCCAGAAAGGUUGUGUGAGGAGUUUAUACACAAAAACUGUGCUGUUUAAGGGACAUUAAAUAUUCUAUGCCUGAUCCCUAUUACAUUAGAGUUAAUAAUUGCCAAGGUUAUGUUGUUUAUUAUUAUUAAUGUUUGAACCUUGAUGUCUACACAAAGUACAGGCACAGGUAUCUGGAGUUCUUCUAAGUGCCCAUACUGCACCCACAAAGCCUUUUUCAAUAUAUGUUUGGACUUUACUUCUGUUUUCAGACCAGUUGGAUUCAUUUCUUUUAUGUAAACGUAGAUAUUCUUUUGCUCUUAACAGAAUAUAUAUUUAUGUACUGUCUUUUAUUUUUUGUUCCUUCUAGGUCUGUAUGUUGUGUUGUUAAUUUGUUUGGGCCCUUAUAUUUUUACUGGAUUUAUUCUCUUGUCAGUGUCUUCUAUAUCUUUUUACCUGUUAAACAUUGUUCUGCCCUCUUAGAAUAUGGGAUUAAGAAAUAAAUCUGUGGGAAAAUAUUGUGUUGUAAGAAAGAAAAUGUGAAAUAAAAUUUUGUAAGAAAUAAAAUAAUGUUGUGAAAUAAAA